CGAACACGCCAAGAAUUAUGCCCAUCCUCCCCUCCUUGAUCUUUCAUCUCGAUAUUUAGCAUCGGCACUUCUUGACUUUCUAUUCUACUUCUUGCAUGAUCAUCUUCUGCCAUUCUACAGGAACAUCAACAGAGGGACUUAUAUAUAAUCAGAAUAGAGUUCCUACGAG